AUGGCCACCAACUUCGACAACAACUCCUACGACCUCAUCUGGGAGACCAUCCGUAUGCNNCACAACAAUGCCUUCCUUGUGAAGCGCAACCAGGCCGGUGGUGUUCAGUUCUCCAAGGACCCCCUUAACCUGACCAACCUUCACUCGCGCAAGGUAAAGAACCAAUCCUUCAAUUCCAAUCUUGCGAUCAAUAUGCUGAUUGCGCAAAAAAACAGUNACUCUUCGCUCGCCAACCCCCAGGCCAUUGGCAUCAACGCCAAGGACAACAAGAUCGAGGUCACCACCAAGCUCGGCAACAACUGGAACAAGCCCAGCAAGUCCUACCAGAAGGUCGCCUUCAAGGCCACCACCCCUUCGCGCAAGCUCAUCAACAACGCCGUCUCCGGCUCCACCAAGAAGGGCUACCGCUCUGACUUGCACAUGGAGGCCGUCCAGCGCGCUUCCGCCGUCAAGAAGUCCACCCGCCAGGUCAAGGCCACCGUUGCCCCUACCAAGCUCCGUGGCUCCAAGGCCCGCAAGGCUGCUGAGAAGCAGUAA